AUGAGUUCGUUUCUGUUUAAUCUGCUCCUGAAGCCUGCAGCACCUCCGCCGAACGGGGCAGCAGUCCAGCAGCCCCAUGUCCCGUACAACAUCGACUGGAUAUUCCCGAGGCUGAGACGCCCGAAUAGAUUAUGGCACAUUGCCAGCACGGGCGUGAUCGGGUUGGUGGGAUUUUUCUCCAAAAUCGUCAUCGUUUGGCUCAAUAAAGCACGCGUGCAUAACAUCGAUGUUCUGGAGAAUGCGCUCGAGAAUCGACCACAGGGAAAGUCCUUGCUGACCGUCUCCAACCACCAUUCGUGCUUCGACGAUCCAGGAAUUUGGGGACUACUCGAUAGCCGUUUGCUUAAGCUGCGAAACGUCUGCAAUAAGAACGUCAUCCGAUGGUCAAUGGCAGCGCAUGACAUUUGUUUCACCUGCAAGGCACACUCACUGUUCUUCAUGUACGGGAAGUGCAUACCGGUGGUGCGCGGUGCGGGUGUAUAUCAACCGGCCGUUGAUCUGUGCAUCGAAAAGCUAAAACUUGGCCACUGGGUGCAUGUGUUCCCGGAGGGGAAGGUCAACAUGACCAAAGAAGAUCUUAGGUUCAAAUGGGGCGUUGGACGAAUAAUUUACGAAUCACCGGAACUGCCCAUCAUCAUUCCGAUAUGGCACAUCGGGAUGGACGAUGUGCUUCCCAACGAACCGCCAUACUACCUCCGGAUGGGCAAGAAACUAACAUACAACUUCGGUAAUCCGAUCGACCUAAGCGCUCUUAUGGAACGGUUACGCUCGUCGCCGGUAAGCGAAGAGGAAGCGCGAAAGAUAAUUACGGAUCGCAUCCAGGACGAGAUGAUGGUACUUAAGCAAGAAACAGAACGACUGCACUCGGAGUAUGUAAAGAGCUGA